UGAAAGAAAACAAUUGACUGAAGAAGGAAAAUAAAAUAAAAAGGAAAAAACGAGAUGACAAAAAAAAAAAAAACGAAAAAAAGACGAAAACAAAGAAACAACAGAAUGAACAAAUAUUACAACACACGAACUGAAGGAACCACGUCAUUGUCAGCGAGACGAGACGAGACAGAAAAAGCAGAUUGAGUCACAUUUCGAAGCUUCAUUUAUUCAUUCAUUGAGCUCAGAACUUCCGAAGCCUCACUCACUCACUCACUACCUAGGACUCACAUUAUCGCAUUCACGAGAGAGAGAGAGAGAGAGAGAGAGAGAGAGAGACUUAAUUUGAAACACCUCCGAACCUUCACUACUGUUCAAACACUCCGUAAUUAAAUUCUGUCUUUUAAGGAUGUUUUUUACGGUUUCAUUGAUAGAUUAACUGCAUUUUUACAUUUUAAACUGAAGAAACAGUCUUGAAAACCCGCCCAGUCAUCGCUGUGGUGAGAAAAUGAAGCUUUUUUUAAAUAAUUACUUGUUUGAUAAGUUGCACGGUGUUUUUACGAGUGUUUUUACGGCUCUAGUGACAGAUUAACUACAUUUCUACAUUAUUCACAUGACAAACAUUCUUGAAAACUCGUCCGAUCAUCGCUGUGGCCUUGAAAAAUAAUCGUGGUGAAAAAAUUAAGCGUUUCUAAAUAUUUGCUUGUUUGAUCAGUUACUUGUGGUUUUUAAGGGUGUUUUUACUGCUCUAGUGACAGAUUAACUACAUUUCUACAUUAUGUUCACGACAAACUCUAUGGAAAGUUUGGCCAAUCAUCUUUGUCGCCUUGAAAAUGAUCGUGGUAAGAAUAUAAAGUCUAUAAUGAAUUACUUGUGGUUAUUUAAGGAUGUUUUUACGGUUGUAGUGACAGAUUAACUACAUUUCUACAUUAUUAACACGACAAACAUUCUUGAAAACUCGACCAAUUAUUUCUGUGGCCUUGAAAAAUAGUUGUGGUGAGAAAAUAAAACGUUUCUAAAUCUUUGCCUUUAUAAUGUUACACGUGUUUUUAAGAGUGUGUUUUAUUGGUAUAGUGACAAGUAAACUACAUUCUCUGUGGCCUUAAAAAAUGUUCAUGGUAAGAAAAUAAGGUCUUUUUAAUUAAUUACUUAUGGUUUUUAAGGAUAUUUUUACAGUUAUAUUGACAUUUCUACAUUAUUCACGCGAUAAACUGUAUGGAAAGUUUGGCCAACCAUCUCUGUGGCCUUGAAAAAAAGUAGCGGCGAGAGAGCAGAGCGUGAAUACAAACCAGGGAGGGAGAGAGAGGGAGAGGGGACGCAGGUGAAGGACCACUGGAGUAUAUUGGUGGGUCUCUCUAAACUCAGGGCCUCAGUAUGACUCAAGCAACGGUGGGGGACAGUCACCUCGCCCUCGCCCUCCUCCUCCACCUGCCUCUCGCCUCACGCCCCAGUUCCUCUCGGCCCUCAGGAUAGAAAUGGCCUCUCUUCGGCUGGCGGCGGCUGUGGUGGUGGUGGUGGCGGCGGCGGCGGCGGGGCUGUGGCGGAGUGUGGCGGCCGACCCUGCCCUACCUGUCGCUUUCAGAGAGAAGAGUACCACUUAUAACGCUAGAAAAGAGUCCCUGGAGGAGGUGGACUUACUGCAGGCCAUCGCGGUGCCCUUCGAAGACCCCUCCACGCAGUACUUCGUCACGGGAUUCGAUGGGUUCCCUGCUUUUGGGUUCAAGGUUGGCGCCAGCAUCAAACACCCUUUCGACUCUUCCUCCCUGAAAAGUUCUACAGGGAGUUCUCGAUACAGGCAGCAGUGAAGCCAGACACAGAAGAAGGUAUGUUUCUUUUUGCCGUCACCAACCCUCUGGAAAACCUAAUCCAGCUGGGCGUCUCCCUCACACCAGGCCUUCCCGGGACAACAAACCUCUCUCUCUACUACACUGACGCUGAGAGACACAUGAGCUCGCAGUCGCUUGUGUCUUUCCUCGUCCCGCAGUUCAAGGGAGUGUGGACAAGAUUCGCUUUUCGAGUCAGCAGGGAAGAGGUGCAGCUUUGGUUUAACUGCCAGAGGUACAAUGAGUUAGUGGUGCAAAGGAUACCCCAGCAGCUCGUGUUUGACUCCGCCUCCACCUUGUACAUCGGCCAGGCGGGGGGCAUUUUCAAGGGCUUCU